AUGGGCGGUCAACAGAUCUACGGAGACAUUGGGCGGUCAACAGAUCUCAGCUUUAAGAGGGCUCGUCAUCGACACCCCAAGAAGGUGUGGAUUCUCAAGCCUGCCGUCGCCGACAAGGCUCAGGGAAUCCGGUUAUUUCGCUCCAGGGAGGAGCUCUACGAAAUCUUUACAGACUUCGAGAGGCUCGAGGAACUCGAAGAAUCCCAGGAACUCGAUGAUCCGCAAAAAGAGGACACAGGAGUCAAUGACGAGCGGCGUCAGACUUGGGUCUCCGUUUCUCAAAUGCGAGACUGGAUCAUUCAGGAAUACGUCUCUAAUCCGCUCUUGAUCGACCCCGCUAAACCGGAGACUUACUCUACCGAUAAAUCGGUUGAUCAAUUGUCUUUCCAUAAACAUCAUCUGAGUGUCUACGUUUUGGCUGUUGGCGCGUUGAGUGUCUCUCGGACCAAGGUUGUUCAAACUGUUGGUGACAGUCCUACCUGA